GACACUCACUCAUUUCCAUUCGGAGAUCAAGACGAGCAGUGGGACGGUUAUCAUGUUCGGCUUUAAACUCUCUGUGCUGCUCUUCGCUGUGUGUUCUCUUAGCGCAUGCAGCGGUAUGUUUGUGAACUCCUGUAAAUAUCCACCUUCACAAUGGUGUGACUCUCGAGACAUUGCAGCCGAGUGUGGGGUGCUGGAACAGUGUAUGAAGUUCAAUGCUUCCCCAGUCACUGUGAGCCUCUACUAUGAGUCUCUGUGUCCUGGAUGCAGGGAGUUCCUUGUGUCGCAGCUCGUGCCAACCUUCAUUAUGCUGAGUGACAUUAUGAAUAUUGAGCUGGUUCCAUAUGGAAAUGCACAGGAGAAAGAGGACCAAGGGAACUAUACCUUCAUUUGUCAGCACGGAGAGGAUGAAUGUCGAGGUAACAUGAUUGAGACCUGCCUGUUGAAGGCAUUAGGAUCAAAGGCCAUUCCAGUCAUUUUCUGCAUGGAGUCAGGAGAAGAUGUGCUGAAAGCUGCCCAGCCUUGUCUUGGAGUCUAUUUUCCUGAUAGAACGUGGGAUUCAGUCAUGAAGUGUGUGACUGGAGAUGAGGGCAACAAAUUAAUGCAUCAAAAUGCACUUAAAACAAAUGCUUUGAAACCCCCUCAUGAAUACGUGCCUUGGAUAACUAUUAAUGGCGAACACACAGACGAUCUUCAGGAUAAAGCUAUGAGUUCUCUCUUCAAUCUUGUGUGCAGCUUGUACAAGGGUGAAAAGCCAGCUGCGUGUGGUCAAGGGUUGCAGAAGAGAACCAACAGUUACUGCAUGAGCUAAUCAAUCACUGUGAUAACCGCACUACUCAUGUCAGGAACGGAGACGAUGAAACAAAAGUGCAUACAUGCUGCAAAGUUGUUGUCUUUUUUUUUUCAUGUUUGUAUGUACAUGAAAGCCCACUUUUGAACAUUGGUUUCUGCUGCAAACUGCUGACAACCAUAUUUUAAUACUGUCACAUUUUAAACCGUUUUGUAUACGUAAACAAAAUAAAAAGCAAAGUUCCAUUACCUUUUA